UCCCCGCUAAAAUUUGUGUACGAGUCCAAACCAAAAACUGGAUGUGUGCGGAUGGAAAUCUGUGCUGUUUCUCGUUCCGCUUGUGGUAGUCAUUACUGUGUGUGGGGAGGAACAUCGGAGGAUUGUGCAGUAGGGCAGCCUAUGAGCUACUAGUAGAAUCUCGUUAUUAGUUUAUCUUCGAAAUCGUAAACUUAUUUUAUUCGAAUUUGCUUUUGCUGGUCAACAAUGUUCGAGCGCGGGCAAUGCGACCAGGCCGGUACGGGAGAGCGAUAAAGCCGGCAGAAAGACAUAGUUUUUUUUUUCAUAGUUUUAGUCUCAUUUUUAAACGAAACGAUAUUUUUUAGUUCCAUUAGCUUCCUUUUUAUAUGAAUGACGAAAGCAUUUAGUUAGUUUUUCCACUUCCGAAGUCAUGACGCGACAUGGUCUGGUGGCCAGGUGUUUUGAACUCCUUUUAAUGCAAUUCCUGUACUAGCCGCCAACCUGCAGCGAUAAAUCCAGAGGGACUUUUGUGAGACAACUUGCUACCUUUUACUAUGAUCAAUUGAUUUUGUAACAAAGAGAACGAAACAAAAUCAUAAAAAACGCAAUCGAACCCUUGUUUAGAAAUGGUGGUGAUAAAGUAAUGGUUAUCCGGUUAGUGCUGCUCAUCCUGAUUUCGCUCUUUGUGCAGGCCAUGUUUCUUCAUCUCAAGUUUGCAUAUUUCCAUGUUUAAGUGUAUGAUAAUGCAUCUCUAAAUGAAUGAAGCAAAUCAAUCCUUUUAAACGUAUAUAUUAUACAUACUAUCCGUAAAUCCAGAAAAUCAUACGCGUGUCGCAUAACGUCUUAAAACCGUUUAACAGGUGUGUAUGGUCUGUAAUGGGAGUUCCACUACGCCAUAUAGGAAGGUGGGGCGCGUCGGUAACAAAAACCUUUUUAUCCUUAACAAAAAGAAGCCACCCUACAAAAGUGGCCGGCCAAAUCGCCAAGUCUCACCAAGUACCGUAAACACACAACCGUACCAUACAAAAGUUAAAUCAAAUAAACUGCGUAGCAAGUAAAACUGGCAGAAUGAGAAAAAAAGGCAGAGAUAAAAACAAAUGGACACAAUAUUAACAAUGAUACUUUGGUGAAAACAAAAAAAAAAUGCAGAACGCAGGUGAACGGAAGGAAAUUGUGCAUUUUUAUUCGCAAAAUCAUCAUGUGUUAAGGUGAAGAAGAGGAGCAGUGCCAGAUUUGAGAAAACUUCGAUGUGUCUUUUCUUAUUCGUCGAUACACAAAUAGAGAGAGAGAGAGAGGGGGGAGAAAGCAGACCGCGAUUGUAAGUGUACCUUCCCACAUGUGCAAGUUCAUGUAACACUCAAAUUUACCAUCACAAAGAUUGAAAAUGAAAUCCCAAUGAAUCAGUAAAAUGGAGCAAAAAAAACGAGAACAAAACCAAUCCAAUAAAUUAAGUACCGAUUGUGGUUGCCGCAGCUUGGCAUUUGCAUUAUUCCCGGAGAUUUGAAGCGGAACGAAUAAUGUGUAAAGUUCGUGGCGCGGGAAAGGAAGAGAAUUGUUUAAGAAGAAGAUGAACGAAAAAAACACAGACUCCAGGCAAGAAACGGAGACGAGAAGGCACUCAAUGUAAGGAAAAGGACGGAAGUUCCGGAAGAGCAGUAGCGCUGCACUGCAAACCACAGAAACACUGAAACAUUACUGCGAAUAAGAAACAAAAUAAAGUGAUAAUACGAAUACAACACUA